AAAAAAAAAAAAAACGACUAACUGAUGCUCUCGCUCACAACUCUAGCAUUGGAGAUUUUGACUUAGACAGUUAUCCUCCAACGAAAUGUCGGUGCUCCUCCUGCAACCUCUCCCGCCAAAUCUCUCUUCUCUCCCCCAUCCUAAAACCAGACCCCGACCUAGAGUCCCUUCACCCCCGGCGCACAAUAGCAUCACCACCCCUCCCCCAAGAAAAUCCACUCCGUUUAUCGUAUCAGCAGCAGCGAACUCCAGGACAACAAGAAACGAAGACGAUUACCACUCCACCCUCAGGUCUCUCAACUCCAAAGGCCGCUUCCCUCGCAAAUCCCUCGGCCAACAUUAUAUGUUGAAUUCUUCCAUCAACGAGCAGCUUGCGGGUGUGGCUGAUGUUAAGGAAGGUGAUGUGGUGCUGGAAAUCGGACCCGGGACGGGCUCUUUGACCAAUGUUCUGGUGAAUGCCGGUGCCACAGUUCUUGCCAUCGAAAAGGAUCCACACAUGGCUGCACUUGUGACAGAAAGGUUUGCAAGUACAGAUCGGGUGAAGGUUUUGCAAGAGGAUUUCACAAAAUGUCACAUUCACUCACAUUUGAUCUCAUUGGGGGGAUGUCAAAAGUCAUUGGAUGGAGAAUCACGAUAUGCCAAGGUUGUAUCAAAUAUACCUUUUAAUAUAACUACGGAUGUAGUCAAACUGCUGCUUCCAAUGGGUGACAUUUUCUCUGAUGUUGUUCUCUUACUCCAGGAGGAGACAGCUUUACGCUUGGUGGAUUCAUCUUUGAGGACAUCUGAAUAUCGACCCAUUAGUAUCUUCAUAAACUUUUAUUCAGAUCCUGAAUAUAUGUUUAAGGUCCCCAGAUCGAAUUUCUUCCCUCAACCUAACGUUGAUGCAGCAGUGGUUACAUUUCGGCUGAAGCAGACUGCAGAUUAUCCUCCAGUUUCCUCUACUAAAAGCUUCUUCUCAAUGGUCAAUUCUGCAUUCAAUGGUAAAAGGAAGAUGUUGCGGAGAUCACUCCAGCAUAUCUGCACAUCCCCUGAGAUUGAGGCAGCCCUUGAAAAUGUUGGUCUUCCAGCGACAUCGAGACCGGAGGAACUCACUUUAGACAAUUUUGUGAAGCUGCAUAACUUGGUAACAAAGACGUAGUGCUCUCGAUUGGGUUGAGACAAGGAAAUCAACAAAGAUAUGUGCUGUCCUUAUGGUGCUAGAAAAUGCAGGUGUUAUUAUCAGGGCAAAGGCAAAUCACUUAUGAAGAAUGCCUUUGCCAUUCUUCAAUCUAGAGCUCCAGCAUCAGUUUUCAGAAAGAGAACAGUUGAGUUUCCAGCAAGAAUCUUUAAUCUCUUUAUGCAGAAGCACAAAUGUAUACCCUACAGUGCUUCUCAUUAUUCAUGGGUAAAUGAAAGCCCUCCGUAGUUUCAUCACUACCCUUAAUGAAGAUAAGGAGUGGUCCUUCAAUACACGCAGCACUCUCUCUCCUUACUCUGGUGUCUCGUGUACCAAUGUAUUUCGGGCCACACGAUGUCAUGAGAUUUGAAUGAUUGAAAUCUAAUACAGUAUUUCGUACGUGAAUCUUAAAGCACAAUCUUGCAA